AGCCGUCGCCUCAGCCCCCGGAAGAUCUCCACCUGCACCGACCACGAGCUGGAGAACCACAGCAUGUACUGCGUGCAGUGCAAGAGCCCCGUCUGCUACCAGUGCCUGGAGGAGGGCAGGCACGGCAAGCACGACGUGAAGGCCCUGGGCGCCAUGUGGAAGCAGCACAAGGCACAGCUGUCUCAGGCUUUAAAUGGUGUUUCAGAUAAAGCAAAGGAAGCUAAAGAAUUUUUGGUUCAGCUGAAAAAUUUAUUGCAGCAGAUCCAGGAGAAUGGUUUGGAUUAUGAAGCCUGUCUUGUCGCUCAGUGUGAUGCCUUGGUUGAUGCGUUAACGCGACAAAAGGCGAAACUGCUCACAAAGGUGACCAAAGAACGUGAGCACAAGCUGAAGGUUGUUUGGGACCAGAUAAAUCACUGUACACUGAAGCUGCGCCAGUCAACAGGGCUUAUGGAGUACUGCCUAGAAGUUAUCAAAGAAAAUGAUCCCUCUGGGUUUUUACAGAUUUCGGAUGCAUUAAUCAAGCGUGUUCAGGUAUCUCAGGAACAGUGGGUCAAAGGAGCCUUGGAGCCAAAAGUGUCUGCUGAGUUUGACUUGACUCUGGAUAGCGAACCUUUACUGCAGUCGAUUCACCAGCUGGAUUUUAUUCAGAUGAAAUUGCCACCCGUCCCAUUACUGCAGCUGGAGAAGUGUUGCACCAGAAACAACAGUGUGACAUUGGCCUGGAGGAUGCCACCUUUGAGCCACAACCCGGUGGAGGGUUAUAUCUUGGAACUUGAUGAUGGAGAUGGUGGCCAAUUCCGAGAAGUAUAUGUUGGCAAGGAGACUCUCUGCACCAUCGACGGCCUUCAUUUCAACAGUACCUACAAUGCAAGAGUUAAAGCUUUCAACUCAUCGGGAGUUGGUCCUUACAGCAAGACAGUUAUUUUACAGACGUCGGAUGUGGCGUGGUUCACCUUCGACCCUUCCUCGGCUCACAGAGACAUAGUGCUGUCGAAUGACAACCAGACUGCCACCUGCAACAGCUAUGAUGACCGGGUUGUUCUUGGCACAGCAGCCUUCUCCAAGGGCGUGCAUUACUGGGAACUGCACGUGGACCGGUAUGACAACCAUCCGGAUCCAGCCUUUGGCAUUGCAAGAAUUAACGUCGUCAAGGACAUGAUGCUAGGCAAGGACGACAAGGCGUGGGCCAUGUAUGUUGACAACAACCGCAGCUGGUUCAUGCAUUGCAAUUCUCACACCAAUCGGACUGAAGGAGGAGUUUCUAAAGGUGCCACCGUUGGGGUUCUCCUGGAUCUGAACAAGCACAACCUGACCUUUUACAUAAAUGGGCAGCAGCAAGGGCCUCCUGCGUUUGAAAAUGUCGAGGGUGUCUUCAUGCCUGCACUGAGCCUCAAUCGAAACGUCCAGGUGACCUUGCAAACGGGACUGGAGGUGCCACAAUGUGUAAAACAGCCCAAGUUGCCCAACAACUAA